AUGACUACCUCGGAAGAAACUGUCGGAAUCGACACUCCUAUGGAUCACAGUGAAUCCGUUCCCCAACCUCUGAGCGAUUGGGAUGAUAAAGGGGAACAGGUCAGAAGUAUAGAGAGAGGACCCGCGUCGGCAACGGCAGGAAAUCCCCAUACUGUACCUACGGCAGGCGUCGUAUACAUGACGGAAGCUAAAGAGAAAAUCCAACCGGCAAACGUCGGAUGGGUAUGUGGAGGCACCAGUGAAGACAGUCCGAUAAAACGUCUGGUAAGUAUGAAUGAUCGAAGCAUUGAUGUUGGAAAACUGGUGCGGAAACCAGGUGGGCCACCUGAGAAGGUGGCCGAAACCGUGAAUAGUGAUGACAUUUUCCCCGAAGCCACGCCAUGCCGGCAGUGGGUGCACAUUUACAUGAUGGGAAUCGGCAGUACGCCUCAGAUUGGAUGCUGA